CAUAAGUUUGAAUUAGUAUUAGCUAUAGGAACUACACUUCAUGUUAUACCAGGUUGUUAUAGGUCACCUUUAACUUACUUCCAGGUUUUACGAGUAGUAAGGUUAAUCAAAGCAUCACCAAUGUUAGAGGAUUUCUGUUUUAAGAUAUUUGGACCAGGUAGAAAGUUAGGAAGUUUGGUAUUAUUUACUAUGUGUUUAUUAAUCAUAGCCUCCAGUAUCUCUCUACAACUCUUCUGUUUUAUCACAGACUUUGAAAAAUUUGAGACUUUCCCACAGGCCUUUAUGUCCAUGUUUCAAAUUUUGACUCAGAAAGGUUGGAUUGAUGUCAUGCAUAUAACAAUGUGGAAAACAGGAAAAGUGGCAACACUUGCUGCUAUUUAUUUUAUUUUCUACCAUCUUUGUGUGACUUUGAUUGUUAUCAGUUUAUUCGUUGCUGUUAUUCUGGAUAAUUUAGAAAUGGAUGAAGAUAUUAAAAAACUCAAACAGCUGAAAGCUCGAGAACAAAGUGCUGAUACCAAAGAUAUGUUACCAUUAAGACUGAGAAUAUUUUCUACUUUCUCAAAUCAUCCCCAGAUGGUAAAAGUCAAUAAGAUGACCAGUGAGUUUAAUAUAUCAGAUAUCAGAGAGAGUUUUAUGAGACAGUUUAUGGAGCUAGAGUUAAACCUGGUGGUUGAUACACAAGACAGUCAGGACAGUGAACCUCCCUGUAUUAAAACGUCUAAUUUACCUCUAGUUAAAAAUACAACACAUGAAGUUAGAAGUGGAGGUGUUAUUGAGAAGAAGAGUGGUAUAACAGGUAUUGUCAGAGAUUCAAAUCAACAGAAAGGAGGAAGUGGAGGAUCAGCUCAGAUGGUAGCAGCUGGUCCUAAAGCUUUAUCUUUACUGGGACAACAACAUAAUAUCAGGAUGGAAAGAAGGUCAAUGAGAGGAUCAAGACCAGGUAGUAUCAAGAUUAAAUCAUAUCCUACUCUGAAAGAAAAUGGUGAUGUUAUGGGACUACAGACUGCCACUAUGGUUGGAAGGAGAGCUGAAGAUUUUGAUAUCAAAGUUUGGCAACAGAAAAAACAACAAGCUGAGAUUAAAAGAAACCAGAUUGUAGAAGAUCUACGAGAGAACCAUCCAUAUUUUGACAUGCCAUUAUUUUUUAUUGGUCGUGAAUCAAAGCUUCGAAAAAUAUGUCAGUUAAUCGUCGAUGCUAAAUAUCAUUAUAAAAGACAAGAUGCUGUGAUGGGUAAAAGUAAAAAUAAAUUUAAAACAUUACAUAAACUAUUAGGUCUAGUAACCUAUCUAGAUUGGGUAAUGAUAUUUGUAACUAUCGUAUCAUGUUCCUCCAUGAUGUUAGAAAGCUCCAGAAGAAGAAUAAUGAAAGAAUAUGAAUUACAGAUAGCAGAGUAUAUAUUUGUGGUCUGUAUGAGUAUUGAAAUGUCAUUAAAGAUACUAGCCAAUGGUCUGUUAUUCACACCUAAGGCUGUAGUUCGAGAUUUUGGUGGAAUUCUUGACUUAUUUAUUUAUGGUGUUAGUUUAAUAUUUUUGAUCUGGAUGCCAACACAAGUUCAAGCUCAAUCUGGUGCUCAAGUAUUGUUAAUACUACGUUGUUUACGACCAUUACGUAUCUACAGUUUAGUUCCACACAUGAGAAAUGUUGUAGAUGAAUUAGUCAGAGGAUUUAAAGAAAUUUUACUUGUAUCAGUAUUGUUGAUUGUAUUAAUGUUUGUAUUUGCUACGUAUGGUGUACAUCUAUUAGGUGGUAAAUUAGCUAGGUGUAACGAUCCUACAGUAAUGGCCAGGAGUAAUUGCACUGGGUUUUUCUUCAGUAAAAUUUGGGUAACUAAAAUGAAACUUGAUAAACCUGAAGAUGAUCAUCCAGGAUUCCUGGUUCCGAGAGUCUGGGCCAAUCCAGCUAAUUUUAAUUUUGAUAACAUUGGUAAUGCAAUGUUGGCAUUGUUUGAAGUGUUGUCAUUAGAAGGAUGGCUGGAAGUAAGAGAUGUUAUUAUAGACAGGGUUGGUCCAACGGAAGCCUUGUAUAUCCAUUUCUUUGUAUUUAUUGGUUAUAUGAUUGGACUAACCUUGUUUGUGGGUGUAGUGAUUGCUAAUUAUGGAGAAAAUAAGGGAACAGCAUUAUUAACAGUGGACCAAAGAAGAUGGUUAGAUUUAAAAGGUAGAAUUAAACUAGCUCAACCAUUACACAUACCACCUAGACCAGAUGGUAAUGGAUUCCGAUCAUGGAUGUAUGAUAUUACCCAGAAUCUGAUAUUUAAAAGAUCAGUAGUGUUUCUAGUUUUAGCUAAUUGUGCUAUGCUCUUCGUUCCUUGGAAAGACAGUGAUAAAACUAAUAUAUUGGCUGGUUUCUCCUCGGUAUUUACUCUCAUGUUUCUGUGUGAGGUGUUUAUGAAGAUGGUAGCUCUAUCACCAGGGGGUUAUUGGACCAGUAGAAGAAACAGAUUUGAUAUGUUUGUUACAUUGCUAGGUGUUUUAUGGAUUGUUCUUCAUUUUAUUCCAAAUAUUGAAUGGAGUAAUGAACUGGGAUUUUCUGUGAUAGUUUUACGAUUUUUUACGAUAACAGGAAAGCAUGCUACAUUAAAGAUGUUGAUGCAGACAGUUGUGAUGUCUGUAUUUAAAAGUUUCUUCAUUAUAACUGGAAUGUUUCUAUUAAUGUUAUUCUAUGCCUAUGCUGGGGUUAUACUAUUUGGUACAGUUAAAUAUGGUUACAAUUUGGGAAGACAAGCUAAUUUUGAAACAGCGUCUAAUGCUAUUGCUCUGCUAUUCCGUAUUGUAACUGGUGAAGAUUGGAAUAAGAUCAUGCAUGAUUGUAUGGUAUCCCAGCCAUUCUGUACACCAUCUAAGAAUUAUUGGGCAUCAGAUUGUGGAAAUUUUACAGCAUCUCUGAUGUACUUCUGUUCGUUCUAUGUUAUAAUUACCUACAUUGUUUUGAAUCUACUUGUUGCCAUCAUUAUGGAGAAUUUCUCAUUGUUUUAUUCUAAUGAAGAAGAUGCUCUACUGUCUUAUAAUGAUAUCAGACAGUUUCAAAACACCUGGAAUUUAGUAGAUACUAACAGAAAGGGUAUUAUACCAGCUCGUAGAGUGAAGUUUUUACUGCGAUUAUUACGAGGAAGAUUAGAGGUUGAUUUAGAGAAAGAUAGACUAUUAUUUAAACAUAUGUGUUAUGAAAUAGAAAAACUACAUCAAGAUGGAAAUGUCACAUUUCACGAUGUUUUGAGUAUGUUAUCAUAUCGGUCAGUUGAUAUCAGAAAAUCUCUACAGUUAGAAGAAUUAUUAGCUAGAGAAGAAUUAGAAUAUACUAUAGAGGAAGAAGUAGCCAAACAGACCAUUAGAAAUUGGUUAGAUAAAUGUCUGAAACGAAUUAGACAGAAAGAACAUUCAAAUAUCAUCUCCAACUUGAGAGCUACCAAUGAACCAGCAUUCUUUAUAACAGAACCAUCUAGUGGUACAACUGAAAAUAAAGAGGAUAAAGAUGAGAGUUUGGUUCAGACUAGAACACGUAAAAAGGGUCAUGUAGAGCUACGUAAUCCAGUUAUACAACCACCUAGUGCUCUACAGGCGGCCAGUGUCAGAAAGUUUUUAACACCAACAUUGAGUGAUCCUACAAUAAGAGGUGAGAAAGAUAGAACAAAUCUGAGGAAGAGAACCAAACCAUUACCACUACCACAAGUGAGUGAGAGUAGAACAGAGGAUGAUUCUACACCACCGCCCCAAGAACGUCCUAUAGAUUCUACACUAGUGGGUCGUAAUGUUACUAGUGAUCUCGGACAGUGGUGGGGAGAACUCAGCACCUUUUCCAAUCUAGAUACUGGUGCCACCGAGAUAAUAUAG